AUGAUCCGUUUGACCGCACUGGCGCUCGUGUGCUGCAUGACAUUGAGCACCGGUGCAGUGAUUGCGCAAGACGCCGGGAAUGAAGAACCUGAGAUCGAGCCGGUCAUGGACUGGGGAGUCGAUCGGCCGACGCGUCAGAACAACCCGCCGAUCAUCAAGCGCAACGACUCUAGCGAUCGUCAGGACACACGCAAGGAACCCACGGUGUCCUUCGGCGCGUUUUCUGAACCGAUCGAGCUGACCACGCUCAUCGAGUAUGUCGGAUCAUCACUCGACAUCAACAUCAUCGUCAAAGGCGCUCCGACAGGAGAGGUCACCUUCCACGCGCCAGUCGAGAUCCCCAAGAGUCAGCUUAUUGAACUGCUCGAUGCGAUGCUUGAGCAGUACUCGUUCACCAUCUCGCACGAACCCACCUCGGACUUCUGGAUUGUUCAGCCUGUCGCUGAUGUGCGUCCCAACAUGGGAUCGGAGCGUCCGAGCACGCAGAUCAUCCCAACCCCGAAUAUCAAGCCUUCAUUGAUGGUUCCAGCGCUCAGCGCCUCGCUCGGAUCGGGACUCAGCGCCGCGCCCAAUGCCAAGAGCGGCCCGAUCCAAGCGAUCGACGAGCUUGGGGUCAUCAUCAUCAACGCACCGCCGCGCGAUAUCAGUCGGAUCAAAGCGCUGAUCGCACAGCUGAUCCAGAUCGACGACGAUCAACGCUAUAUCCGCUUUGAGCUCGAUCACCUCGCGGCUCCCGCUGCUCUCGAGCGUGCGGUCGGACUCGUCGGUGGGAACAGUUCAGGUCAGAAUCGCGUUGUUCAGAGCCAGCCUGGUGCACAAGGCACUGUUGGACUGUCCAAUGCUUCGCUCUCGAAUAUGGCGGAUCGCAUCACCAUUGACCCGCAAGGCAAUGCGUUGAUCUUCAAAGGCACCGAAGCGGAAAUCGCACGCGUCGAGGAAGUCCUUGAAGUCAUUGAUGUUCCCAAUACACUCGAACCAAAGAACUACUUCGCUGGAUCAUCCGCUGCUCAGAUCGCGGACAUCGCGAAGAGCCGAGGGUUGGGAGAGGUCAUCCAAAUCACGGAUGAUUCAAACAACCCAUUCGCGCAAGGGAACAUCCGACUCAACAACCAGAACGCGUUCCAGAAUCAAACCUCAAAUACCAGCUCCGGCGGUCCGGUCAUGGUUGUGGACACCACACGCGGCAACAUCGUUUACUACGGCACGCCGGCGCAGCAGCAACAGCUCGCAGAUCUGAUGAAAGAACUCGGAACCGAGGACGAGCGCGUUGUCAUCAAGGAGUAUGUACUCAACCACUCGGACGCGGAAAUCGUUGCGGAGCUCAUGACCGCGAUCAUCACGGGUCAGCAACAAACGGGCGAAUCUGAUUUCCUUCCCGGAUCAUCAGGUCGAAACAACGCCGUCUCUGAGUUCCGUCCAGCAUUCGGAGCAAGCGGAGGUUCGGAUGUCACCGCGGCGUUUGACCCCGACAUCGUCGCGGUCAUCGCGGAUCCGGACAACAACCAGGUCGUUGUCCGCGCUCCGAUCAAGCAGCAGGACGAUCUUGCGAAACUGAUCACGCGUCUGGAUCGCCGCAAGCCUCAGGUGUAUCUCCAAGCCAUGAUCGUGUCUGUUUCGGAUACCGAGAACUUCUCGCUCGCGUUUGAAUCGCAGAUCAACGCGGGACAGUUUGGACUAAAUACAGGAAACACACUCUCAUCGCUCCCAGACACCUCAACAUUCGGUGAUCUCCGGAAUGUAAAUCCCGGACUCGCGGGACUGACCGCGGCGGUCAUCAUGACGGACCAGAUCCCGAUCAUCAUCAACGCGAGCCAGACGGAUACCGAUGUGCGGAUCCUCUCGACGCCUCAGCUGCUUGUGAAUGACAAUCAGGAAGCGGAGAUCGUUUCGCUCUCCGAACAACCAUUCCAAGAAAUCUCGCUGAGCGACGGCGGGAAUGUCUCCGCGUUCGCUGGAUUCGCUGAAGCAGGGACCACGCUUCGCGUCACGCCAUCGAUCUCCGAUGGCGGGUACCUGCGUCUCGAGUACUAUGUCGAGCUUUCGAACUUUACCGCGACGCAGGGACAAGACGGCUCACCUCCUCCUCGUGAUCGGAACACCGUGCAAGGUGCGCUGAGUGUCCCUUCGGAUGCGACGAUCGUCAUCGGCGGGAUCACUGUGGACAAUGUCCGCGACACAGUCGUCAAGGUCCCACUGCUUGGUGACAUCCCGCUCGUUGGUGAGCUGUUUAAGAACACCAGCAAGAUCAACACGCAGUCCAAGCUCUAUGUGUUCCUGACUCCACGCAUCAUGACCGAUCCGAACUUCCUUGAUCUGAAAUUGAUGAGCGAGGGACCAUACGCGGAGAUGGAACUUGAUCCGCGUGUGCCUGAUCUUGAAUCGGUCUCAAUCAACGCUUCGAACAAAGGUCGAGCAAAACAAGAAACGGAUGAUGCUUUCGAACUUGAACGCCAGUCGCUUCCACCUCAACCUGAACCCGAUGCGUUCGAGCCGUCGCUGACCCCUGUGCUCAUCGAUCCAAACGAGGACAUGGACUAA